AGGUAGGAGCCUCGUAACUCCUGAUGCCAGCUAAUAGCCAAGACGAGCAGCCAGAUCCGCAGUAUUUCGAGGAUUGCCCAUGAAUGACAGUAGAGGAUGGUGGCGCCGGAGUUUGUUGAGGUUAACUGAGACGCUGCAGAUCCAAAUACCCCGCGACUAGUCCUGGCUGCAACAAAAAGAACAAUGCUGAUCCCAUUUGUCAGCGCUGAUAUCUGCUACCGGAAAGGAGAGAUGGAUUGUCCUUGCUGAACUACGAUUCGUCGUGGGCCAUAUGGAUGUAAGAACCGUAGGCCACACGCCGAGUGAUCGUAAGGACCGCAUCAAUAACCGCUAUGCCGAUAAACGAAGGAGGGGGAAGAUUGAGAUCACGUGGAUUGGAUUGUACAGGCUGCCUGGCAAAAAUUCGAGGAUGGGAUGGUUGAAAUCCAGUUUUGAGUGAUUGCCACAGGCGAUGGCACUUGAAUCGCAGUGCGUCGUCACAAUCGUCGUAAUGAAUGUCAGAGAAUUAUAGACCAGCAUCAACCGGGAGCUCGUUGCAGAAUACCUGAUUUAUCGAAAUAGCGGUAUCAGUAGCAUCUUGUCGAUCCGGACGAUCCUCUGAUCGUCACACCGAGAAUGUCCAUCCGUGGUGAGUUUAGAGCGAGCACUGCUGUCGAAACAAACACAACAUCCACCCUGAGUGCGAUUGCAUACAUAUUGGUUCGGACGCGAGGUUUCAAACAGCGAAUGUCGAAAAAAUCUUUUCCCAGCUGAUGCCUCCAGUCCUAACUGUCAUGAUUCUCUAUAGAAGCACACGCCGAUUGACGGCGCGUACCUGACAGCAUAGAGGGGAGAGUCAUGUAUGGGACUUGCAGUGGAUGUCAGCGCAGAGGAAGCUGUUCCUUCACAUCGAUGACGAGGUUGCAUUUGAGUCUAGGUAAUAUCAUAAGCGUGACUGGACCCAUGUGAACGUUUCGACCGUGCUGCACUUAUUGCCAUGUCACUGGCAAUUGGCGGUGUGAGGAUCUUCGUCGAUGAUUGUCCUUGCUAUCGUGUAAUAGCCGUCCAGUCCACGGUUGUGGCGCCGAAGAGAUCCGCGACCGCCGUGAUGAUAUUAUUGGUGAACUGCACAUUGCUGAGAAGGAUAGAACCCUUUUGUGGGGCCCAUUGUCCUGGAAACCAGCAUGGCGACGAUAUAUUCACCACCAACGGGCUGAGCAGCAGAGCUUCCAUCGGUCGUCAUUCCAAACCAUCUCGGUUGUUGACUGUGACAUGUGUGGUAAUGUCCAUCUAUCGAGGACGACCAGCAUGAGAACGUUUCGACAAGGAUCCUUACCCGCUUUCUCAUCAGACAUGGUCCCCGAUCUCCCCAUUGUUGACUGUGAUGUUUGGAGGAGUUAUCGGGGAGGGGGGCUCGGCGAGAUGCGAACCUGAAUGCGAACCCGUAUAUCACACUCAGCCCUUCUGAGAAUCACAUCAGGCAUGAACAUCCUUUGAAAGGCUUGGAUAUCAAUGCUGAGAGAGCACGCCGCUGCUCGCGAUGCAGAUGUUGCGGAUCGACCUGCACGGUGAGAUGUCCUAGGUGAGAGAAGCAAAUCCAACUUCGCAGAUCUGAUGCACCGAUCGUCGUGGUAGGGAUGGCAACGGUCCAGUCCGGUCCGGUCCUGUCCUGGAC